UUCCUCAGGAAAUUUUCACAAGUUGACAGCUAGAGCCCAAAAGCACCAUGGCUGUUAUUGGAGUCACAAUUGCCUUGCUGGUGUGGGUGGCCACUCUCCUGAUUGUAUCCAUCUGGAAGCAGAUCUACAGCAAUUGGAACCUACCCCCAGGACCCUUCCCACUUCCUAUCUUGGGAAACGUUCUUCAGCUGGAUUUGAAGAAUAUCCCUAAGUCCUUCACCAAGCUGUCAAAGCGCUUUGGGCCAGUAUUCACACUGCACCUGGGCUCAAAGCGUAUCGUGGUCCUGCAUGGCUACAAAGCUGUCAAGGAGGUGCUACUGAACUACAAGAGUGAGUUCUCUGGCCGAGGGGACAUCCCUGUGUUCCAGGAGUAUAAGGACAAAGGGAUUAUUUUCAAUAAUGGACACACAUGGAAGGACGUCCGGCGGUUUUCCCUAAGCAUCCUCCGUGACUAUGGAAUGGGGAAGCAGGGUAAUGAGGCCCGCAUCCAAAGGGAGGCACACUUCCUGGUGGAGGAGCUCAAGAAGACCAAUGGCCAGCCUUUUGACCCCACCUUCCUGAUUGGCUGUGCACCCUGCAAUGUCAUUGCGGACAUCCUCUUCCACAAACGUUUUGAUUACAAAGACAAGAAGUGUCUGAGGCUCAUGAGUUUGUUCAAUGAAAACUUCUACCUGCUAAGUACUCCCUGGAUCCAGGUUUACAAUAACUUUUCAGAGUAUCUACGAUACCUACCUGGAAGCCACAGAAAAAUAAUGAAAAAUGCAUCUGAAAUAAAAAAGUACACCCUUGAAAAAGCCAAGGAAAACCUCCAGUCACUGGACUCCAGCUGCCCCCGGGAUGUGACUGACUGUUUGCUUAUAGAGAUGGAGAAGGAAAAACACAGCAAAGAACCCAUGUACACAAUGGAAAAUAUUUCUGUGACUUUGGCCGACCUGUUCUUUGCGGGGACAGAAACCACCAGCACAACCCUGAGAUAUGGGCUCCUGAUUCUCAUGAAAUACCCAGAGGUUGAAGAGAAACUUCAUGAAGAAAUUGACAGGGUUAUUGGGCCAAGCCGUGACCCUGUUUUCAAAGACAGGCUAGAGAUGCCAUACAUGGAUGCUGUGGUGCAUGAGAUUCAGAGAUUCAUCAGUCUUAUCCCCUCCAACCUGCCCCAUGAAGCAACCCGAGAUACCACAUUCCGAGGAUAUGUCAUCCCCAAGGGUACAGUUUUGAUUCCAACUCUGGACUCCCUUUUAUAUGACAGCCAAGAGUUUCCAGAUCCAGAGAAGUUUAGACCUGAGAAUUUUCUGAAUGAAAAUGGAAAGUUCAAGUAUAGUGACUAUUUCAGACCAUUUUCUGCAGGAAAACGUGUGUGUGUUGGAGAAGGCCUCGCCCGCAUGGAAUUGUUUCUGCUCUUGUGUGCUAUUCUGCAACAUUUUAAUCUGAAGUCUCUGGUUGACCCAAAGGAUAUUGACCUCAAACCUGUCACAGUUGGCUUUGGCUGUGUCCCACCUGAAUUUAAACUUUGUGUCAUUCCCCGCUCAUGAGACUGUCUCAAGUGAAAAGUUAUCAUAGAUGUUCAUUAAAAUGUGACUUUGUUUUUUAAAAAUCCCAA